AUGCAGAGAGUGUUUGAUAAUGUGACCUUCAGGAUUCUGAACUACACUCCUGACAUGAAGAAUGCGGAUGUGGACAAAGCCAUUCGAAAUGCUUUUAAUGUCUGGAGCAAGGUGACUCCACUGAGGUUUAAGAAACUGUAUGAGGGGAAUGCUGAUAUCAUGAUCAGCUUUGGAGCAAAAGAACAUGGAGACUUCAACCCGUUUGAUGGACCUGAGGGACUUCUUGCUCAUGCUUAUCCACCUGGAAACGGCAUUGGUGGUGAUACACACUUUGAUGAGGAUGACCUUCAGGUUUGUGUUUGUACAUUAAAGAAUUCAAUACGGAUUCUGAACUACACUCCUGACAUGAAGAAUGCGGAUGUGGACAAAGCCAUUCGAAAUGCUUUUAAUGUCUGGAGCAAGGUGACUCCACUGAGGUUUAAGAAACUGUAUGAGGGGAAUGCUGAUAUCAUGAUCAGCUUUGGAGCAAAAGAACAUGGAGACUUCAACCCGUUUGAUGGACCUGAGGGACUUCUUGCUCAUGCUUAUCCACCUGGAAACGGCAUUGGUGGUGAUACACACUUUGAUGAGGAUGAAACAUGGACCAAAGACUUUCACACAUUCAAUCUGUUCUUGGUUGCGGCCCAUGAGUUCGGUCAUGCUCUCGGUAUGGCCCAUUCCUCUGAUCCAGGGUCACUGAUGUACCCGGUGUACUCCUACGACAAGGGUUACCCUCUGUCUGAGGAUGACAUUAAGGGAAUCCAGUCGCUCUAUGGUGAAAACCCAGACCACAGAAAAAUCAAGCCUAAACCAGACGCUCCAAGCAAGUGUGACCCUGAACUGAGUUUUGAUGCCAUCACUGAACUCCGUGGAGAGACAAUCAUUUUCAAAGACAGGUUUUACUGGCGACUACAUACACAAAUGCCUGAGCCUGAACAAACUCUCAUUAAAAGUACCUGGCCUGAAUUACCAAACCAGGUAGAUGCUGCCUACGAGAACCCAGAGAAAGAUAUUGUCAUCAUCUUCAGUGGUAUCCGAAUGUGGGCUCUCAAUGGCUACAAUCUGGUUGACGGCUAUCCAAAAUACAUCCACAAGCUGGGCCUCCCGAAGACUGUCCGCAAAAUAGAUGCAGCAGUUAACAUCCGAGACACGGGCAAGACUCUACUUUUCGUAGAUGAAGAAUACUGGAGUUAUGAUGAGGAGAAAGGCACCAUGGACAGUGGAUACCCACGAUCCUUAGAGCAAGACUUUCCUGGAAUAGGAGAUGAAGUGGAUGCUGUUGCAUAUCAUUAUGGAUAUUUGUACUUCUAUCAUGAGCACCUGCAGUUUGAAUACAGUUACAGCUAUCGGAAAGUCAUGCGCAUCAUGAGGGCCAACUCCAUACUCAACUGUUGAGCGCUUAUAAUGUGGCCAUAAACUGUCAAUCAUUAUCAACUGCUGUGAAAUUUAGCAUUCAUUUUGAUGAGUUUUCAACUACUGAGCUGGUAAAUCAGUAGAAAUUCUCCAUUAUUUUAAAAAGUAUUUAUAGACCAUGAUUCGGGAAUCAUGUCUGGGAUAUUUAGGUAAAAUUGACUUCUGUAUGAUUAUGAUUAUGUAUAUGCAUCCAGUGGGAAUCGAAGAAAGUGUCUAACUGUGUUAUGACCUCUUUAAUACCACUGUCUAAAAAAAUAAAUAAAUAAACAG